AUGACUAUUGCCAAAUUCACAAACUGCACGCUGUGCGAUAAGGGAGUCCUCAGACACAAUGCAGAGCUAUAUGUUGACUUGGUAGCGGGAACGAUAGCAAACGCCCCGGUUUUUUUUGAAGGCGAGGUGGUGGAUCUCCAGGGAAUGAUACUUGCUCCUGGGUUCCUUGAUAUCCAGAUCAACGGGUGCUAUGGCUUUGAUUUCUCACACUUUGUGGACGAGGAGUCCUAUCUCCAGGGAUACCGUGAAUGCCUCAGCAAGCUGCUCCACACGGGGGUUACGUCUGUUUGUCCGACAUUGGUUACAAAUUACCCCGAGAUGUACGCUCGUGUUUUACCACUGGUUACCGGAUCCAGAAAUAGCGAUACGUGCGAUUCACUGGGAGCGCACUGUGAGGGCCCAUUCAUCUCAAUGAACAAGAAAGGCUGCCAUCCACCCGAAUGUCUUCGCGAUGCUCCUAACGGCUUUGCAAGCAUGCAGGAAGUGUAUGGAAGCGAGAAUUUUUACGAACAUGUGGCAAUAGUGACAGCUGCGCCUGAAAUAGAAGGUGUCUUGGGUGCCGUCACAGAGCUCACGUCCAAGGGAGUGGUGUACUCUAUUGGCCAUACCGAGGCCGAUUACGCCACUAGCACCGAGGCCAUGAAACUGGGAGCCUCCAUGAUAACUCACAUAUACAAUGCGAUGCCACAGCCGCACCACCGUGAACCCGGCGUCGUUGGUCUCGUGUCAGACCGUCCCGUGACGCCGUACUUUGGACUUGUCGCUGACGGUAUCCACGUGCACCACGCUGCUGCUGCAUUGGCAUACCAUGCUGCUCCAGAACGCUGUUGUCUUGUGACAGAUGCCAUGACGUGGUUGGGCUGCAAGGACGGAACCUAUGCAUGGGACGAUCGUUUCGUGGAGAAGAAAGGACCUCUGCUUCACCUCAAGGGUUCUGAUACUAUUGCUGGAAGUGCUACAGAGCUUCCACAGUGCAUCCAGAAUCUGAUGAAAUGGUGUCAGAUUUCGCUUGCAGAGGCUAUCGGAACUGUCACAAAUAACCCAGCACUGUCGCUAGGCAUCAAGCAUAAAGGCUAUCUUGACGUCGGCUGCGACGCGGACCUCACUGUGUUGGAUCUGAGCGGAAACGUCAAGCAGGUCUACAAACUGGGCAAGAAGGUGUUCGAUGACAAUCUUAAACAGCAUUUAUAA